AUGAUCCGGAAACAGGCCCGACAACGGCGCGACUACCUCUAUCGCAAGGCGCUUAUAUUGAAAGAGGCGGAGACGACCGAGAAGCGCGCCCAGCUACGAUCUGCUCUUGCUUCUGGCAAGCCCAUCGACCCCGAAAUCGCAAAGAACAAGGCACUGCGGAAAGACUACCAAUAUGACGAGUCGCGACCCGAUCGAACAGUCGAUGAAGAGAUGGAUCUCGACGACGAAUACUCCCAGCUGUCGGGAAUCUCGGAGCCACGGCUUUUGGUUACAACUUCAAGAGACCCGUCCUCAAGGCUUUCAGCCUUCUCCAAAGAGAUCAGAUUGCUCUUCCCUACAUCCGUUCGGCUCAAUCGUGGAAAUUUGAUUCUUCCGGACAUUGUGCAGUCUAGCAAGUCCAACGGGCUCACAGACAUUGUCCUCCUUCACGAACAUCGCGGUGUACCGACUGCCAUGACGUACGCACUUUAUAUUGAAUCCAAGAAGAGCCACCAGCUGACGAACCUCUCUAACAGCAUUUCUCAUCUUCCCCACGGCCCUACGCUAUCCAUGUCGCUCCACAACGUUGUACUCAGAGCAGAUAUACCCGGAAGUAUCAGAGGAUCCGUCUCAGAGGCUUUCCCACGGUUAAUAUUUGAGGGUUUCAAGAGCCGGCUUGGACAGCGGAUCGUGAAGAUCCUGAAACAUCUUUUCCCUCCGCUCGAUCCCCCGACCACCAAGGCUAAGGUAGGGUCAAGGGUAGUGACAUUUGUGAACAAUGAAGACUCCAUUGAAGUCAGACAUCACGUUUUUGUCCGGACUUCGUACGAUUCUGUCGAGCUCGCUGAGGUUGGACCUCGGAUGACGAUGCGCCCCUUCGAGAUUCGCGGUGGAACCUUGGAAAACAAGGAUGGCGAUGUUGAGUGGCACCUUACACAGUACACUCGUACUGGUAGAAAGAAGGAGUACCUGUGA